CGCGGGGCUCUGGCCGGGGGUUGGGCAGGCGCUGGGGGGAUACCCUGGGGGGCUUGUCGUCCGGGCCACCGCUUUCAGGUCUUCCGAGGUGAGGCCUGUUCUCUGCGGCAGACAUUCACGUUUCAUUCCGCCACACCCGGGAACGGUGAUCCGGAAGCAUGGGCAUCCGGGAGAAGUACUCGCAAAACUAGCCUCCUAGAAGAGCUCGGGAAUAGGAUGAGUGAUAAUCCAUCCAGAAUGGAAGUGUGCCCUUAUUGUAAGAAGCCAUUUAAACGAUUAAAAUCCCACUUGCCAUACUGUAAGAUGAUAGGACCAACCAUACCUACUGAACAAAAAGUUUAUCAGUCCAAGCCUACUUCACUCCCACAUGCUAAAAAAAUGAAAGGGCCAAUCAAAGUUGCUGUAAUUAAAGCUAAAGGGAAAGAGUUAGAGAAAGAGAAUGAAGAAAGAAAUUCUAAGUUGAUGAUGGACAAACCAGAACAGACAGUGAAGUCCUUUCCACUACCUGUUGUUGGUUUGGGAAGAGCAACUACAGAGGCAGAUAAAGACGGCAAGAAUCCAACCCAACCAUCCUUCAAAAUGCCAAAAAAUGCUAAGCCGAAGACUGCUUUCCAAGAAGAAACCAAGGCUCAGUUUUAUGCAGCAGAGAACACCUCUCCUAAAAGACAACUUGCAACAGAUCUGCCUGAAUCAGGAGAAAGUCAAUGUCAUCCUUCAGAAGCUGGAGCAUCUUUACUGGUUGGCUCAAUAGAACCUUCUUUGUCAAAUCAAGAUAGAAAAUAUUCCUCAACUAUACCUAAUCAUAUACAAACUACCUCUUGUGAUCUGCUAUUGGACAAAAUUGAUCCCCAAAGACAGGAACUUCUAGUAAAAUUACUAGACGGGCCCACUGAGGAUUGUCAUAGUUCUCCGAAGAACGUCAGUGAUGGGGUUAAAAGGGUAAGAACAUCAUUGUCAAGCAAUAAGAGAGAUUCCAAAGGCAGGGAUCACCUCUCAGGAGUCCCUGCUGAUGUUCGAGUCACUGAGACUCCAGAAAAGAACACAGAAUCACUCAUUUUAAGCCUUAAAAUGAGCUCAUUAGGUAAAAUCCAAGUCAUGGAGAACCAAGAGAAAGGACUUACGCUUGGAGCAGAGAUGUGUGGGAGCAAAAAAAAUGCAGAGAAAAGUGUGUCCGCAACAGAAAAGCAGGAAUGGACUGCCUUAAGCCAUGGCUCUGAGAACUUCAGCACCAAGGAUUCAGCCACAGGAAAGAAGUCUCAAGGUGAAGGACCACAUUUCAGUUUGUUCAUUCCAAGGGAGACAACUUACGAGUUUCAUUCUGUAUCACAGCCAAGUGGUCAAAGUCUUGCUUCUCUAGCUACAAAAUUUCUUCAAGAAGAGAAAGCAGAAGCCUGGAGUCAUAAUCAUGUUCCUGGUGUCAAGGCAUUAAUGGAGAGUCCUGAGGGACAGGUGUCUCUGGAGCCCAAAUCAGUCCGUCAGUUCCAAGCAUCACGCACUGGGUGCCAGAGCCCUUUACAUUCAACCGAGCAUCACACUCCUCAGAGUCCCUUCACCAAUCAUGCUGCAGCUGCUGGCAGGAAGCCCCUUCCUAGCUGCAUGGGGCUGGAGUGGUUUCCAGAGCUCUAUCCUGGUUACCUUGGACUGGGGGUGUUGCCAGGGAAGCCUCAGUAUUGGAAUGCAGUGUCCCAGAAGCCACAACUUACCAGUCCACAGGGGAAAACACUCUCACAAGUUUCUUUGUUGGAAAGAAGCUCGACUCAUAUGAGGAAUUUGGAACCCCCUACCGGACUUACAACCUUCAGUUUCUCUCUAAUGAGGUUCUUGGGAGCUGUACAAAAAGGCUGGAUCAGGUGCAACACCACCAUAAGGAAGAGUGGAGUGGGCAGCAUCACGAUGCUCUUCACUGGGUACUUCAUCCUGUGUUGUAGCUGGAGUUUCAGGCGUCUGAAAAAACUGUGCCAACCCCUGCCCUGGAAGAGUACGGCACCUCCGUGUGUUGGCGUGGCGAAGACGACUGGGGAGCGCCGCUCAAAAACAUGUUUGGAUUAGGAAGCGCGUUUAAGUAGGAGAAGCUUUUCGUGACUUGUCUCUAGUGCCUUUGUGCCCGGCGUUGCCCACUGAAUUCACGUGACACCGAAGUGUAGUGUUAGCAUAAAGGGAUAGCUUGUCAGACAUCGGGUUUUUAUCAAGAACUUUUGUUAUCACUGCUAUAAACUAGUAUCACUUGUCAUAAUCAGAAUGCUAAAACAUAAUGAAAAAGUUGAACUUAGUCACAGUAUUUUAUAUCCCUGAAAAUAAAUUCCUUAAUGAGAAUAGAACUAUUUAAUGAUCCAUCAGUCCUAAAAAGAUAUCUGCCUCAUAUUGCUAAGUUUAAGACAAAGGUGAGAUCCUGUAUUAAUCAUUGGUAAGUGCCAAGAAUUCUAACUCACAUACAGUAGGAAACAAAAACUCUCAACUGACUUUGAAUUACAUACUGAGAAUCCACAAAUAAAGUAGUGUGAGUAACUUUCAAGGAGCCAUAGGAAACAUCUCCACAUUCUGGAGUUACUGGAAAUGUUGACCAAGUAAUGCAGGGAAAGGCUUCUCUCUGCUCAUUGCUGCCAUCUAGGUUGGGAAAAUAAUCGAAGAUGUUUUAUCAAAUCCUUCAAGAAUCUCUCACAAUGUUCAGAAUAGUUAAAGAGCAUUGUCAAGGUAAACUAUAGCCACUUGAUUCUUUUCUGAGAUUUAGAUCUAAACAAAGCCAGCAUGAUCAGGGAGUAUACCUCACAGCUCUAGUGUGCAAUACUGAUGUAAACUUGCCUUGUGAAGAUACGUGUUUCAUUCAUACAUGCAAAAUUCCUGCAAGUUCAUUUGCACAGCCAGUUCCAAUCACAUAUGUGAUCACCAGAUUAAAAGCUUCAUCCAGAAAGACAAGAUUCUUCAAAACGAAUAGUGGACAAGACUGCUGCCUGCAGAAUCCGGUGCGCCUCAGGUGUGAGGUGGGAUGACUGCUCAUCUCUUAACAGAGCCAAAGAAUUAAAAGAAUACCUCUAACACGACUUACCAUUUUAAACAGCCUUAGAAGUUCCAUCUGUUAAUAUCAUGCUGCAUGAGGACGGGGUAAAAUUCAUGUUCUGUCCUGUCCAUGGCAUUGGUGAGAGCCCCCUAGGUAAGCAGCAAUGCUUCGAUCUUGCUUCCAGGCAGCAGCUUGAGUUCCCAAGUCUUCCUGCAAGGUGUAUGAAAAUGCAGCAUGAGAAUCUGUACAUGUAAUCCAUAUUCAUCUUCCCAUCCAUCACACAGAAGAGGCGUGGUGAUACCCAGUCUCCUCCAUGCUUAAGACAUAUUUGAAGGUUCUGUUGUUAAAAGCUGGAAAUAUUUGUGGGCAUACCUGAACACCCCAGCUGUAACUCACACGUGGUGUAUGUAAGUGGAUUAACAUUGAGGCUGCCUAGUUUAAUCCUGAAUAAUAGUAUCUGAAAGACUGCGUUUAUUUGGGAAUGUGUAGUUUUUCUAAUACACAUUAAAAUUUAGCUAUUAAAAAUCAUUUUGUUUUAUUAGCAGACAUUUAUAGGGAACCUACAUACUAUUACCACCACUCUUCAUAAUAAAAAUAUUUGUAAAAUAUAA